AAGUCCUGAGCGCGCGCUUUUCGACUAUUACGCUACAUUUUGGUCAUAAAUAAAAUAUCUUAUUACUCUAAAAUUUUAUGCAAAGUGUUUGCGGAAAUUAUCACAAUUAUUAACCUUUCGAACACUGAAUCCAAAAAAUACAAUCUUAUUGACAGAUAAUACACAUAACUCACUGUUUGGAUUUGUGGAAUUUUUAAACAUAAACACAUCUAUAAUUGUAUAUAUUGUUGGAUUUAUAUGUUCAAGUUGCUCCAAGUCAGUGAGUUUAUGGUUAAGAUAUCAUUUUAGUUAAUAUACUGAACUAUAUUGCAUGUUGUCUUAUUGUAUAGUUGUCGUCGCUUUUUGCCCUUUUUUGUGUGAACUGUUUCCUUUGUCGACGUUGUUCUCAUUGUUUGUCCGUUAUUUUCUGAUUUUGAGGGGAGCAACCCAAAAAGUUGCUUCUCUCUAAACUUUUACUUAAUGUAAUCAUUCUUUUCUCAGGCGUGAGGCAAGCAACCCCACCCUGUAAACAAAAAUUGCUACAGAACUUCAGUAUGUGAACCUCCUUGCACCAAAAGAAAAAGUCUGUGUAGGAACAUGGAACGUUCGAACCAUGUACGAGACUGGAAAAGCUGCCCAGAUCGCCAACGAGAUGAAAAGAUACGGAAUACAAGUGCUGGGAAUAUGUGAGAGCAGAUGGAAUGGGAGUGGACUCACCAAAUUGUCAACAGGUGAGUCAGUGAUCUACUCCGGUCACCCAGAAGAUAACCACACGCACACCGAGGGCGUGGCUAUCAUGAUGUCACCAACGGCAACGAAAGCCCUGAUACAAUGGGAGGCGAUUUCGUCCAGGAUAAUGACCGCCAGGUUCAACUCCAAAGGAAGGAAAGUGUCAAUCAUACAAUGUUAUGCACCCACAAACAACGCAGACCUCGAGAAGAAAGAAGAAUUCUACAGGCAACUACAGGCAACAAUGGACAAUACUCCAGCUGGCGACAUGAAAAUACUAAUGGGAGACAUGAACGCCAAACUGGGACCAGACAAUACGGGAAGGGAACUCAUCAUGGGUAGAGAAGCUCUAGGAGAAAUGAAUGAAAACGGAGAACUCUUCGCCGACUUCUGCGCCUUCAACGAACUGGUGAUUGGUGGCAGUGUAUACAAGCACAAAGAUAUCCACAAGGCUACAUGGGUGUCACCAGACGGGCAAACCAAAAACCAAAUCGACUUCAUCUCAAUCUCAAGGAAGUGGAGGCGCAGCCUACUGGACACAAAAGCAAGAAGAGGAGCAGACGUUGGCUCAGACCACUAUCUCGUACAAGGGACAAUCCAAAUCAAAUUAAAAGCUUUCAGGGAAUCAGGAGCUGCAGAUAGACCACAAGCCAAGUUCAACACUCAAAAGCUGAAGGACCAGGCUACAAAGGACAUCUUCAUUGCAAGCAUAAAGGACAAAGUCGAGACACAAAUCAACACUAGCGAAGAGGUCGGCGUUGAAAAGCACUGGAACAACUUGAAAACGGUGUGGAGCCAAACCUGCAUAGAAAUUCUAGGCAGAAAAAAGAGACAGGACAAACAGUGGCUCACUAUGGACACUUGGAAACUAAUAGAAGAGAGAAGGACAGUGAAGCAAAAGAUUAUCCAGUGCACGACGAGCAACAAAAACAGGAGCUGAAUGCAAGCUACAAUACACUGAACAAAAGAGUGAAGAAAAGCGCCAGGGAAGACAAAAGAAAAUAUUAUGAAACCAUGGCAAACGAAGCAGAACAAGCUGCAGGCAAAGGAGACCUCGCCACACUCUACCAAACAACUAGGCACCUAUCGGGCAAACGUUCGACACAGAUUAAGCCAAUAAAGGACGACAAUGGAAAGUCAAUCACCAAAGAGGUGGAACAGAGAAAGCACUGGGUUGAACACUUCAAAAGACUUCUAAAUCGUCCGCCACCUACAACACGUCCAGCAAUACCAACAACGGAAGCAGAACUACCAGUGAACACUGACCCCCCGACGAAAUCAGAAGUCCUGAAUGCAAUCAAGAUGCUUAAAACUGGGAAAACACCGGGACCAGAUGGAAUCCCAGCAGAGGCUUUGAAAAUAGACCCAGAGACAACAGCGGACUUGAUGACACCACUACUGGAGAAGGUGUGGAAAGAGGGCAAAGUACCCGAGGAUUGGAAGAACAGUUACUUAUUCAAACUACCAAAGAAAGGAGACUUAAGUCAAUGUAAAAACUGGCGGGGAAUUAUGCUUCUGUCCAUUCCAAGCAAGAUACUAAGUCGCAUCAUCCUGGAGAGAAUCAAACAAGCCCUAGAUGAAAAACUUCGUCCGGAACAGGCUGGAUUCAGGAGAAACAAAUCAUGUAUUGAUCAAAUCGCCACUCUACGGAUCAUCAUUGAACAAAGCUUGGAAUGGCAGUCACCUCUCUAUCUCAACUUCAUCGACUUUGAAAAGGCCUUCGACAGCGUCGAUCGAGAGGUCAUUUGGAAACUACUUCGCUACUACGGGGUCCCAUUGACAAUUAUACACCUCAUCCAACAGUUAUACGACAAUGCCGCAUGCCAAGUAAUCCACAACGGGAAACUUACGGAAGCCUUCGAAGUGAGGACGGGAGUGAGGCAAGGCUGUCUACUAUCACCAAUGAUCUUCCUGAUUGCAAUUGAUUGGAUAAUGCGACAGACAACGGCAACCAACGAGGGAACAGGCAUAAAAUGGACUGACACAAAAGACUUGGAGGAUCUGGAUUUCGCCGAUGAUAUAUGUCUGAUUUCCCAUAAACUGGAAGAUAUGCAAAUGAAAAGUAACAAGUUGGCAGAAGAAGCAUCAAAGAUAGGACUUCACGUGAACAUAGAUAAAACAGAGGUGAUGAAGAUUCCUUGCCAACAUCAACAGCAACAACAGACCACAAUAAGCAUAAAUGGGAAGAACCUGAAAGAAACAACCUCCUUCACCUACCUGGGAAGCAUCGUCUCAACUACAGGCGGAACUGACGAAGACAUCAAAGCCAGAAUCGGAAAAGCAAGACAAGCUUUCAUUACUCUCAAAUCUGUGUGGAGGUCAACAGCAAUCAGCAUCAAAAAUAAGAUCCGGAUUUUCAACUCCAAUGUGAAGUCAGUGCUACUAUACGGAUCAGAGACUUGGCGAGUCAUAAAGAGCAUCUCAAACAAACUUCAAACCUUCAUUAACAACUGUCUCCGCUCAAUACUCAAGAUCAGAUGGCCAGAAAAGAUCAGCAACAGGGAUCUCUGGGAGCGAACCAAUCAGGAACCGAUUGUGAAACAAAUAGGCAGAAAGAAAUGGAGAUGGAUUGGCCAUACGCUGAGGAAACCAUCAAGUGACAUCACUAGACAAGCCCUCGAGUGGAACCCGAAAGGGAGGCGGCGAGUUGGUCGUCCAAGGGUGACUUGGAGGAGGUCAUGUGAAGAGGAGAUGAAAGCAUGUGGGCAGACCUGGAGCAGGGUGAAAAAGUUGUCAGAAAACCGAAGUCAAUGGAGGUGCGCAGCUGAAGCCCUAUGUUCCUCUAGGAACUAAAGGAUACAAUAAUAAUAAUAAUAAUCGAUUAAUUGUUUGUUUGGUGAUGACCUGUUGGUAGUUUAUUAUUUUCAGUCGGUAGAGUAUGAAGAGUUAAACAGUUCCGUAUUACGUAAUAUAUUGGGCUGACCUGAAAAUAGGAUCAGUCUGUCUGAUUGACAUGGAUGAUUACGUAAUGACUAAGUAACCUGAAUUUAUUGAACUGGUAGCUUAUCGUAAAUUCAUGCAUUUUUUUGUAGUGUGUAGCGAAAUGUUAGGCAUCGGUGGUUUUAUUCGUGACUUGACCUUUGUCCUAUAAUGCAUACAUUUAUUUUAGAAGUAAUGGUAAUAUUGACUGACUGACUGACUCACCCCUGAUUACAGCUC